AUGCGCCCUGCGUCACACGUUUUACGCCGUGCCGCGCGGUCGUCUGCUCCCCGAGCAGUGCGGCCUUCUCCGGAACUCAUUCCGAUCCCAAUAUCUAGCCGGCUCUACCACCCACCGCGAACGGCGACUCUCGUCCGCCCUUCGCCAACGCUGUCCAGAUUACGAGCGGCGCCUUCAAACAUUCGCUGCGAAUCUACGAGCUCAAAUGCGCCGUCGCAACCCCAACCUUCGACCACCGCGCCGGAAUCACGGCUGGACCGCGACCAGGUACCGGCCUACGAGCUGACUUUCACCUGCAAGGUGUGCACCACACGGUCGUCGCAUCGCAUAUCGAAGCAAGGAUAUCAUAACGGGACCGUCCUCAUAUCUUGUCCCGGAUGCAAGAACCGGCAUCUCAUAAGCGACCAUCUCAAGAUAUUCUCCGACAAGCGCGUAACCAUUGAAGACAUAAUGCGAGAGAAGGGCAACCUGGUAAAACGCGGCACCCUGAGCACCGAAGGCGAUGUCGAGUUCUGGGACGAUGGUAGCUCCACACCCCGAUCCGCACAUUUCCAUCCGAAUUCCACCACGAAGAGCGACCCCGAUGCGCCCGAAGGCAGAUUGACGGAGCCGCCUGCCUCAGAGAAAGCGCCUUAG